AUGUCUGGUGUGGAAGUCUGUCUCGGCAACCCGCCUCCGCCUGAGGUGGUCAACCCAAAGCGACCAGGACGCACCACCAACCAGCUGCAGUACCUGGAGAAGACGGUGGUCAAAGCUUUGUGGCGACACCAGUUCUCUUGGCCCUUCCGCCAGCCCGUAGAUGCCAUAGAGCUGCAUCUUCCUGAUUAUUACACAAUUAUCAAGAAUCCAAUGGAUAUAGGCACCAUAAAGAAGCGACUUCAGAACAAGUAUUACUGGAAAGCGAUGGAGUGCAUCCAAGAUUUUAACACCAUGUUCACUAACUGCUAUAUGUACAACAAGCCCCAAGAUGACAUUGUUUUCAUGGCCCAGACGCUGGAAAAGCUUUUUCUGCUUGAAGUCGCUAAAAUGCCAACAGACGAAUGUGAAGUCCUGCAAGACGCCACAAAAGAAGCAAGCAAAGGAAAGAAAAGCAAUGCUGGUUCGUUGAAGCCAAGACCGGUUGUGUCAAAAGUGGUCCUCCAGCAGACGGCAAUGGUCAUCCCGCCAGAUGCACCUCUCCUGGAGUCACCUGACGCAGUUCCAGCACAGAUGGAUGAAAGUAUCAACACAGUUAACAAGAGAAAACUCGACCCUGUCCCUUCAGCGGUAACAAGCAGCGUCAGUGAGCCGCCGGUGUCCUGCGCGCCGCCGGUGUCCUGCGCGCCGCCGGUGUCCUGCGCGCCGUCCUGCGCGCCGCCGGUGUCCUGCGCGCCGCCGGUGUCCUGCGCGCCGCCGGUGUCCUGCGCGCCGCCUGUGAGGACGGGCAGUGGGCGGCCCAUCAAGGUGCCAAAGAAAGACCUCACCCCUCUGGAAAACGUGCAGCCAAAACUGUCCGAGCCCCUGCGGCACUGCGACGUCAUCUUGAAGGAGAUGUUCUCUAAGAGGCACUACGCCUACGCGUGGCCCUUCUACACACCCGUAGACACCGUGGGCCUGGCACUGCACGACUACCACAACAUUAUCAAACAGCCCAUGGACCUGGGCACCAUCAAGAAAAAGAUGGAGCAGCGAGAGUACACAGCUGCGAAGGAGUUUGCUGCUGACAUCAGGCUGAUGUUCUCCAACUGCUUCAAGUACAACCCUCCUGCACACGAGGUCGUCUACAUGGCCAGGAAGCUGCAGGAGGUUUUUGAGGCACGUUACGCUAAGGUUCCACAGGAGCUGGCGGGAUGCUGCGUGGCCCGCUCCAUCUCGGCCCGUUCCUCCUCGUCCUCCGAGAGUGAGAGCUCCUCCAACACGGAGAGUUCAUCAGAGGAGGUCGCCGCGCAACUGGCCAACUUGGAGGAGAAGUUGAAGGCGGUGAGUGCCCAGCUCAGGAGACUCACCGAGGACCCCUUGAUGAUUCCCAAGAAAAAGGACAAGUUGAGAAAAGAGAAAAGGGCCAAAGAAAAGGACAUCACUCGACACAAAUCUUCCAAGUAUGAAUGUUCCGUGGAGAAAAACAUCAAGAAUUCUGCUUUGUAUGUAUGCUUUGAUAUUUUUCUUAAGGGGAGCGUGACUUUCCGAGACAAGACGACACCGCUGACUUACCGGGAUAAGCAGCAACUCGGGCGGAAUUUGGCAGCUUUUUCCUCGGGCAAGUUGGCAAACAUCAUCAAGGCCUGCGACGCCCCGUCGCCUUGCUUGACCUCCAGAGAGAUGCCGACGGUUAACUCGGAGAAGAUGAAGAUGUCCGCGCAGAGGUGCCUGCAGAGGUUCGUGGUGGCGUGCCGAUGGAAGAAAUCUGGCCAGAAGGAUUGCUCUGUCAAGAAGCUAAUGGAGAGAAGCACUGAAGCAACGCAUUCAGGCAAGUUGAAGGAGGCCAGGAGAUUCAAGAUGCUCAUGAAGCCGCUGCCCCACGUAAAAAAGAAGAAUGCAGCCGCCAAACAAGCUGAUUCUCCUGACUUUAUCUGCCCGUCAGCGCUCAGCGGUAGCAACUCGUCACCUACUUCCUGCUGUAGCGGCGACAGCGGCAGUAGCUCCCCGUCUUCUGACAGCGCUCGCUCAUCUUCUGUGGCUGUUGAGGCUUUGAAGCUGCCAGGGUGCCAACGACUGCUUGUCACGCUGCAGGCUGCCACUAGCAAGCUGACCCACAGGGGGCGCUCUGACCUGUACCAAAUGCCGUCUCCUGAAACUAUACUGGUCUGGGCCACCACUGGCUUUGAGGCCCCCAUCCUGUCACCGUUGGGGAAGAGUCCACUGCCUGCAAGAGAUGACAUUACAACUGGUUUCAAAUGCCCUGAAAAUGUUCCUGACAGUCAAGUGGCACAUGUGACGUCAUCUUCCAAUUCUCCCAUUAAAUCAACCCUACAGGAAAAGAAUCCUAAAAGCGACAUAGUUCUGAAAAACGCUGAGUCAUGGGCCCGACUGAUGAAGCAUUCGUCCGCCAUCCCGACCACCAUCAAGUCGUCCAAAGAGAGCUUCCAGCAGUUCCGGAAGGCUGCCAUGGAGAAGGAAGAGCGUGAGAAGGCGCUGAAGAAACAGUUGGAGGUUCCAGAAAAGCGUCCGAACAAAAAUCCGCCACCGUACAAAGAAGAGCUUCCAUCUCUCGGGAGCUGCGUCCUUCUGGCAGAGACGACACCACACGUCCCCGGCACCGGCGAGCAGCCCACAUCACCCGUGGAGACCUGGCUCGGGACCGCCUGGUCCCCCGCAAGUCGAGCGCGGGAGCUGGCCAGGAAGAAGGAGCAGGAACGUCGCAGACGUGAAGCGAUGUCAUGCAUUGACAUGACCAUGCAGCAGGACAUCAUGACCACUUUUGAACUCAACCUGGACUAAAAAGCAAAAGUCCUGAUGAGAUUUACUUGAAACCUUGAGUCUCCUCUGGUGAAUACGGCCAAGCCUUGCCCUUGAGAACUUCCGCACUCCUACACUUUUGGCACUUCUGCGUUUGGGGAAGGUCCCUGAACGUGCGCUGUUUGUUGUCCGCAUAGUGCCUUUUUGCAGGUUUGUGUUAUUGAAAAGAAAAAAUGCACAUAUGGAAGUAUGUC